AUGAUCGGUCGUAGACCUUUGAGUCGACGGCUCCAGCCAGGGCCGAGCAGCGCCCGUACAGAUUGCAAGUCACCCGUUUCCCAGCUUCCCACCCACGUUGCGUCGAGGAAGCGAGUUCCCCCCCCCCCCCUUCUUGUACAUCUUCCCCUCAACCCCGUUCGCGUGCUUACUCGACACUCGACGUGGUGCUCGGGAGCAGAUCUGGGACGCUGUUGAUCUCCGCUUGAUUGUAUCGCUUCCCCGCCCCGCCCGCGCCGUGGUGACGAUUCGGACUUUGUGCCGUCGUGUGGAUCGACCAGCGACAGCGUGAUCACGACGACGACGACGACGACGACGACGACGGCCGACGUGUGUGUGCGCGAGUGUAUGAGGAGUCAGGAGACGGUCUACUCCGAAUAGAGAUCCAGACGACGAACCAUCACGACCAAAGUGACGACUCGGAAACCCGAGACGACGACGACGACGACGACGACGGUGCCCGCAUCCCCUGUCCCCGCCUCGCGCCGACUGCCACCGCUCAUCCAACUCAAGGACAAGAACAAGGACCGACCCAGGACCGGCUCCUCCUCACGCCCGCACACGCCCCAGUCGCACACCCCGACGCAGACGAUCAACGCCUACGCGGUACCGCCGGCCAUGUCGACCCAACACAUUGUCUCGAGUUCGAGCGCGAGUUCACACCAACACCGCGGCACCGACGGCGGCGUCGUCGGCGUGCACUACCGCGUCCUGCGCAAGAUCGGAGAGGGUAGUUUCGGCGUCAUCUUUGAAGGUCAGUCAGGGGAUUGCGAUUGCUGCUGGGAUGCGCCGAGGGGAGGUAGGCUUGGUCUAGAUGGGUCUGGCUCUGGUGCGCUUGGCUUGUCGGGCGGUGGCUGCUGGCGGACUGGCCGCUGGCUUGGGCUCUCACUCACGCCCAUACUCGACUCGGCGGGUCGUUCCUUUGCGCGCACGCCCACGCACGCGCAUCCACCCACCCACCCACCCGCUGCGCCCGUCGCCCGUCGCCCGUCGCCCGCGCUUGCCUCGCGUGCCGACCAGGGAGGUUGGUCGAUCGCCGCUCGCAAUGAUGAAUCUGACACCCCCGCGGUACUACUCGCACAUGGCACAGGCACGAACCUACUCAACUCGCAGACCGUAGCUAUCAAAUUCGUGAGUCAUUGCAGCAGGUCUUGGCGGGAUCUUUUUACUUCGGAUGCGAUCGACAGCAGUAACGACCGCAUGCUCGUGUUGUGGCACCCCGCGCGGCAUCAGGGGGCGGCAUAGAGGCGCCGCGAGGAGGCGCGCGCCCAGCCAGGGCCGAUGUCGGAUCAGCAGCAGCUCGAGCUCGACCGACGUGGAACCCCCCGCCCCGCAGCCCAUUUGCCGAUCUCUACCCAACGAUCCGCUGACCUUCCUUGUCACUCUGUGUGCAUGUGAUCCAACAGGAACCAAGAAAGAGUGACGCGCCGCAGUUGAGGGAUGAGUACAGGACAUACAAGAUCCUCGCCGGCUCGCGUGCGUAUUCCCCCUCGUCUCAUCGAUCUCGAGUGACCGAACCUGGCACUAGAGAAACUGACACGCGUAAUCGUUCCCAUGUAUCUUCUACCCUACAACAAUCGACUACGACCUGCACCUCCACCACCCGCCAUUUUCGCCUUCCGUCGACGUUUCCUGCACAGCCGGAGUCCCCCAGGUGUACUACUUUGGCCAAGAAGGCCUGCACAACAUCCUCGUCAUCGAUCUGCUCGGCCCUUCGCUCGAGGACCUGUUCGACAUGUGCGGGCGCAAGUUCUCGAUCAAGACCGUGGUGAUGACGGCGAAGCAGAUGCUCACGCGCGUGCAGACGAUCCACGAGAAGAACCUCAUCUACCGCGACAUCAAGCCCGACAACUUUUUGAUCGGUCGCCCGGGAACGAAGACGGCCAAUACCGUCCAUGUCGUUGAUUUCGGGAUGGCGAAGCAGUUCCGCGAUGCGAGAACGAAGCAGCAUAUCCCUUAUAGGGAGAGGAAGAGUCUGUCCGGUACGGCCAGGUACAUGUCGAUCAAUACUCAUCUGGGACGAGGUGAGUUGUAAAAACUGUGACGGCGUGAUUGGUGGUGAGGAGGGUGAGCUGAUCCCGAUGCACACCCGCAGAGCAAUCUCGCCGAGACGAUCUCGAGGCUCUGGGGCACGUGUUCAUGUACUUCUUGCGGGGCGGUUUGCCGUGGCAGGGGCUCAAGGCGGCGACGAACAAGCAAAAGUACGAGAAGAUUGGCGAGAAGAAGCAGUCGACGCCGAUCAAGGAGCUCGCCGACGGGUUCCCCGAAGAGUUCGCCAUCUACCUCAACUACGUGCGCAAGCUCGGUUUCGAGGAGACGCCCGAUUACGACUUUUUGCGAGAGUUGUUCACCAAGGUGUUGAAGAACUCGGGCGAGGCCGAGGAUGGGAUUUACGAUUGGAUGAUGCUCAACAACGGCAAAGGGUGGGAAGCCGGGCAGACCUCAUCAUCGUUGCUCGCACAGGCCGGAAACAACGCUGCCUACGACAACCGCCACCACCGACAGCCGCGAGAUCGCGAGAGGGAGCGUGAGCGAGCCGAACGACAUGCCCAACGAGCGGCCGCUGCCGCUGCUGCUGCCGCGGGGACAUCAGGGAACAUUGCGAAUUCGCCUGCGUUGGCGGCGAAGCGACAAAAUUCGGGCUCGGCGACGCCGGUACCAAACGCCUCGACCAUGGCCGUCAAGGGUGUGCCUCCCCCGGCUGGAGCGGCGACGACCGACCGUGGGGAUCGACAGGCCAAGCGGAGCUCGGCAGGGGCGGCGCAGACGCAUCCUUAUGCGUCGCAUAACCAAGGUGCUGGAGGCUACGAACGCAACGAUUCGGAUUACGAGGCGAGAGGGUACCGGUCCGGUCAACAGACGCCGGCGAACCAAGGGAUGUCGUCGCAGAACAUUGGUGGUGCGACGGGUAACGCCAACAAUGCCGCUUACGACGACGAGGAUCGUCUUGACAAGGGGGGCUUUUCGAUCAUGAAGCUCUUGACAUGCCGGUGUGCUUGA